AUGGGCGAUCCAUUCUGCUCCCUUUGCGGAGGCCCCUUUAGGCCGGUUCUUGGUGGUCAAGCGGCCAGUGCACCGCACGUGCACUGGACAACACUGGCUCGCUCGGUUUGCGGGCCCCAAGACCAUCGCAGCCCCGAGGAACCGGUCCUGACUGGUCUCGGUUUCAUCACCUUCACCAACCUGGCCGCCCCCGGCGAUUGUGCUCGUAGCUACAAAGAAACCCCCGUCGACGAAUUGGACGAAUUGCCACGGCACGACCUCAAGGUUGUCGAUAAUUCCACCGACCGGCCGUUUCCCUUUCACGAGUUUUGCUGGCAAAUGCUCUUGACAAAACUCGGUCUCGGAGAGCACAAGGCUGGCUGGAAGCAGGUUGGAGCUUGGCUGUUCCAUGUCCUCAAUUCGGUCUCCUGGCUACAGACCGGAGAUUUGAUGCCCGAGAACCGUUACCAUGGCACCAUCAAUUUGCGUCAAGUUCACGCCGCGGAUACUCUACAAAUGCCAGCCCUGCUGUUGGCAGAUCCGUCGCGACAUGGCCUCGAGGUAGCGACUUCCUCACUUGAAUUCCGAGACCACUCCCUCAUCCAGCCGGCAACGCAACAGAGCGACCGUUUCACGAGACUGCCUUUGGAAGUGAUUCUCGAGAUCUGCACUUUACUGCCGUCGAAGGAUGUAGGCAGCGCGCGUCUCAGCUCUCGCCACUUGGCAGUCGUGUGCCACGUGAACAGCCUCCCUGAACCCUUCUGGGCCUCUCGAUUUUGGCCUGAGCGAGAGAUGGGCCUCAUAUUGCCCGAGUUACUGUCGCCACAUACUGAGAGAAAAUGGCUCCAUAAUUAUUUCGACUGCAAGCAGAGCUUAAACGAAGGAGAUUGCCUCGCCCUUCGUAACCGUGGACGAAUCUGGCGAUGUCUUGAAGACUUUGCCAUCAUUCUUGACGCCCUUCUCACGCAUCACGGCGAGGGCCAGCCCGGAGAGCUUGUUGACGAGACCUGCUUCCUGGGACAGAAGAUGGCCUGUCCCGAAUUGCCUGAUCAAUUCGAGUACGGCGAGCUAAACGUUGGUGCUCGGGCACGGGAGCAGCAUCAUUUUGCGUUGCAGGAUGUGUCCCUUGUACAGAUAUCUGUCAUCCAUCUCGCCUCAUCGACAUACAUUUCUGGCAUACGAACCACCAGUCGGGCGAGCAGAGACGGCGAACAAGUCAUACAGGAAGCCGGCUUGAUCAUUCCGUCCAAUUUGUACUCAUUGUACAAGGUUGUUUCUAUCCAGUUGGUAGAGCAGCAGGUCGUUGACGCCUUGUUUGUUGCUCCUAUCAGCGCAUGGAACCCGAGACUCCUAGAUGCCGAAACCGCACGACGUCUUCCACCGCUGGAACUCGAACCACAAACGGAAGACGACUUCUCUGUCAAUGUAUACCUGCCCUUCGGCGGGGAUGAUGGGUCGCGCUUACGCUUGCUUUGUAAAAUGACGGCAGUGAUGCAUGGGAGAAUGGGAUUCUAUGGCUUUCUGUUCACCUACUCCGAUGGCAACGAGCUAUGGUUUGGGCAACGUGAAACGCUCCUGAGGGGGUAUGGACAAUGUGAAACGAUCUUCGGCUGGUUUGGACGACAUGAAUCACGCCGAGGCAAGGGCGAGCUGAGGCCAUGCAUUGAGCAGACCUUCAUGAUCGAUGGCGAGGCGGGGGAGUGCAUAGAUUCAUUUGAUGCCUCUCGGAAGGGUACUGGACCCCAUGGUCGCCGCAUGGUUGAGAGUAUUCAGUCUCCUAUUUGGGCUUUUGAAGAUCUAAAAGCAGAAGAGUUUCACGUUGAGCAACGUGAACAGCAAGAUGGCGUGCCUGUUCAGCGCGUAAGCCCACCUUCUCUUACGCGCACCGCUACUGAUGUUGGAUGGAUGCUUCGGGAAGAGGGCUCCUGCUUUACCAUCGCUUCUCUAGAGAACAUUCGGCGUGUUCGCGUCUCGAAGGGUGCUGGAGGUCGCUCACGCACCGAUGCCAAUGUCACUGGGAUCCUGCUCGACUACCACCACGGUGGGCAGAGCACAGUAGUGGGACAGUGGAUCCAGGAGGCGGCCUCUUUUGACCUCGAGGAGACUGAACGGGUUGUUGAAUUCUCCUACUGGGUGCAUGCGAGCAGGUACAGCGACUGCCAAAGAGACAGCUUUGCCACGAUCACCUGUAUCCGACUCGUCACGUCUCUUGGGCGAUGCCUCGAAGUGCGACCAGAUACGAGGAGACGACUACUGGAUCCGCAUGUGCGCUACUCUUGCACACCUUACGAACGCUUGCGGAACAUAACCUGGAUAUUCGGCACAUCCAGGGAUGAGAUGAAUAUCAGUCUCCGGCCCGCGCCUGCACUUGGAGACGGCCAUCUUUGCUUGACAUAUAGCAGGGAGACUGUUCUACCCCGUCAUGCAGCUGAGGGUAAUACUCGCAUCUACCACUUUUUUAACGGUCCUGAGUUCAGCAAAUGUGAAGACCAAAGGCGGAUGACUUACUACCAUACGCGGGGGCUACUCUUCCUCCACAAAACCGACAGCCGCGGAAUGCAGAUACCUGUCCAGCAGGUACAGCUGACGGUCAGCUGGGAGAAACGGCUGGUUGGCAUUGAGUUUCAGUACGUGGAUGGCAGUGUCCACACCUACGGCACAAAAGGUGGACAUUGUUCCGUGCUGCACCUGGACACCGCCCGCAACGAGCGUCUAUCCCGCCUGGCAGUAUACAACUAUGGGGGACACAGGGGAAUUGAGCUGCAUACCACACACAAUCAGAAGCUGGCCGCUGGGGCAAGAUCGUACGAGGCGCCCGUCUCCGUGGCGACGUUUCCCUUGGAGGUUGGCGUCGCGAUGCCCGACUUCAAUGUUCCGAACUUGGCCCCGGACAGGGUGCUGGAUCACGGUCUUCCGACCCUUGCUGCGGAGAAGGCCGUCCGGGGCGGUGUUGGCAUAUGGGUCGUGCUCAAGUGCGAUGAGCAGGACUUUGACAAGAUUCAAUUCGAGGACGCUGGACCGAUAUACUUGACAGGUCCAAGUUGA